AUGGCAAACUUUUCGCGCUGCAGUAUUCGUUGUCAUGUCCCACUACAUAGCUUCUCCGUUUCCCUUCAGGUCUUCAGCAAAAGAGCCGACAGUGACGAUGGCGUGCAGGAGACCUUCGGUCCUUCACUUCUGUCGUCAGCACCGAAGCAGUUGGUUUCGUCAGGUGUUUCUUAUGUGAAGCUUCAGCCGAGUAAAGACUUGGCGAUUCUCGCGUCUACUUCGGAUGAAAACAUUCAAGCAGUCAAGACUCUCGCAAAUGCAUUGGGCCACCGCUGGCGGUUCAUAGGACGAUACCGAACGCCUCGGUUUUCUCCUGCUGUUCGACUGGUCGACAGAACCGUCCCCCAUUGCAGUCUCGAGAGUCGCGUCACAGCACAGGACGCCGUCAGUGGAAGCUACAGCUGUGUAGAGGGAUCUCAAAAGGUAUUUGAGGGGAUGAGCAAAGAACCGCUUUUCGACCCCUUCGCGGUCACACCCCCAAAUGGGUGUUCGGCCACGUUCAAGUUCAUUGACGGUGUAAUGCAUGUAUUCUGGGACCCUGAAAAAGAGACGGGGGACCCGCCGCUGCUGUGGAGCUCCAAUUUAAUCCCAACUGUUAGAGAAUACCUCGCUGCUUUGCAGGACGUGAUGAUAGCUGUUCAGGACCCAGCCUGCAAGACAUUUUGCUACAAGCGAAUCAAGUUUUUGGAGGGAAAGUUCAGUUUUCACCUGAUGUUUAACUCCAAUGCAGAGAUAGAAGAAACCAAAAACAACAAGCACAGAGACUUCUACAAUGUCCGAAAGGUCGACACGCAUGUCCACCAUUCCGCUUGCAUGCAUCAGAAGCAUUUGCUGCGCUUCAUCAGGAAAAAGUACAGGACGGAGGGGGACACGGUCGUAGUCACAGAAGGCGGCCAGGGUAUUACGUUAAAGGGCUUGUUUCAACAAGAACUGGGGUUUAGUGCAAGCGAAGCUUCAGUGGAUCACUUAAAUGUCCAUGCCCUCGGCCGGUUUUUGGCGGAAUUGACAAAGGAGGUUAUCGCAGACCUGGACGACCGGAAGUAG